AUGGACAGUUUGCCUACGGUGGAGGAGAUUCAAAAGGUUGUUUUUGAUUUAGGGGCUGACAGUGCUCCGGGUCCUGAUGGUUUCUCGGGUUGUUUCUAUAGGCAUUGUUGGGAGAUUAUCCAACAUGAUUUAUUUGUAGCAAUUCUUUUUUGCUGGCAACAUAAAUUUACUCCUAGUGAGGCUAAUUCGAGUCUUAUUAUUCUCCUGGCAAAGGUUAGAGGAGCUAAUUCUCUUCGGAAUUUUAGACUUAUUGGCCUUAGUAAUUUCUUUUUCAAGAUCUUUACUAAAAUUUUAACUACCAGACUGGGAAGUGUUUUGGAAAAACUUGUCUCUGAGGAACAAGUGGCUUUCAUGAAAGAGAGAAAUAUUCAUGAAAAUAUUAGCUUGGCCUCUGAGAUGGUUAAUGAGCUUCAUAUUAAAAGCAAGGAUGGCGGUUUGGGAAUGAAAUUGGAUAUUUCUCAGGCUUUUGAUAAUGUUAGUUGGUCUUUUUUGUUUUGGAGGUGCUCUGCAGGUAUGGUUUCUCUGAAGAUUGGUGUACAUGGAUCCAUUCUAUCUUACAAUCUGCUCGUAUUUCUGUUCUUUUAA